GCGCGUUCAGUCUGCUCCAAGCCGCGAACGCGACAACUUGCGCCGCGACCGGCACCCGACGCGAACGCGAAAACAAACCGUGUUACGUGCUGCUCUCCGUCUAUCUUUGCCCCGUUUUUCACGGAGAACAGAGGAGGUGCCCAAAUAUAUUUUCUCAAACGGCCUGCUUCUCGACACGAGGCCGUCUCUCGUCUAAAGCGAGGAGGGCGAAUAGUCGUCGUUCGCGAUCCUUUGCUCGGACCGUGCUCCAGCGGAAACCGUUUUAACAUAUGAUACCAACGGGAAAGGAGGAUACCUCGCGGUCGUACUCCUUGGUGGACGUGAACACGUUACCACCGUUUCUGUACACGGAGGGAUGAGAAAAUGCCUCUGUGAUGUUGCAUCGGAGCACAUCAUCGCGACGCUGUAGAGCAUCGCGGAACAUGACGAAUCUCGGCCACACCUCGCCGAUCGCCGGACCAAGGGGGCGGCGCGCCAGCGUGGCAACCGACAAACCUGUCGACUUGCCACCGACGAGUCUCAGAGGAACGAUGGAACGCCAACGUUCGCCACGGGGCAGCAUCGUGCCUGAUAUCGCUCUCGACAUGGGAAACGGCGUCGAGGCCAUGAACCACAAGCCUCUGGCGGAUCAGUAUGUGGACGCGAGGAACGCAGUGUUCAACCAGAAGAUGGCUCGAAGCCCGCGAAACUCGUUGGUCCCGGACGACUACUACCGAGCACUACCCCGGAACGGCGGGGUGACGCGGAGCCCUCGAAACAGUCUGGUCCCGGACGCCAACCUCGCGCCGGACAUGCUUUACAGCUCGAGGCACUCGUUGCUGCCCGACCCGCCCCCGCUGAGCCCUCGAAACUCUUUGGUGGCGGACGUGAGCCACAACAGGAGCCCCAGGAACAGCCUGGUCCCGCUGACCGGGUCGAGGACGUCGCUCAUGUCCGAGAACGGGAACCUCGGCUCGAGUCGAAGCCCCCGACACUCUUUGAUACCCAACUGUUCGAGAAGCCCGAGGGGGAGCGUGACGAACAUGGAGCUGGUCGAUCGCAGCCCCCAGAGAAGCCCGAGAGGAUCCAUCGCCUCCGAAUGCUUGAACCAGAGCCCGAGAAGCUCCAUUGUACCGGCUUACGAGAGAUCGUCGCGGGGGAGUAUCGGCGUGAACGAGGCGGCGCACAGAGGAUCGAUCGGGGCCAACGAGGAGGAGGCGAGGAGCCCGCGCCGCGGCAUCGAUCCCGAGCACGCGAUCGACAGGACGCCGAGGGGCAGCCUGAGCGGAUUGCAAGAAAGGAGAGGCACGAAGGCGAGCCUGAUAGCGCAGGAUCCGAGGAGAGGCUCGGCCGAUCAAGGAAUAAACGGGAAUCGAAAUUCCCCCCCUUCUCGGGAGAGGAAGGAGGUGAACACGGGAAGUGUCAAAUCCCGCGGAAGCACGGUCCAGGUCAAUUUAGGAUAUGGGCCAAACACGUUCGAGGAUUCCAGGCGGGCCAGCAGCUCCGUGUCUCAGUUUUCAGGUGACGAGUCGCGGCGUCUUUUCGCGAACGGCGCCAAAGUGGCCGAGAACACGGCGGAGAACAGGAAUCUGGGCGUGAUUACCUACGGUUCCGUGGUGUUCCAGCUGAAGGACGCGAAUCUGGAGGCGAACAACAUCUGCGACUUCGUGUUCCGCGGAAUGAGGGUCGUGUGCAGGACGAGGGUUGUUACGGUGUGCCUGUUCUGCCUGUCGGCAGUCCCGAUCCUCAUGUUGAUUUACGGUUGGAAUUACUCGAAAGACUGUCCAAAGGAGCCGAGGAUACCCAUGUACCUGGUGAUCGGUGGAACGUUCGGAACCAUGCUCAUGAUGUUGCUCAUCUACUCGCAGAUACAGUCGAGGAGGCCGGAAAUGCCCCCGGUUCCAUCCAACAGGCCCCAAAUUUCCUUCAUGAAAUUGAUCAUCAUCGUCUUAUCAUGCUUCCUACUCGGCUGGUUCGUGAUGGGAAAUUACUGGAUACUUCACAUCAUGUGGCCAUCGUACACGUUCCUGCUGCACACUCCGAACGACCAUUGUCACAAAACGCUGUACAUGUUCUCCCUGGUGCAUCUUGGCGUGAUGUACAUCACGUUCGGGAUCAUGCUACUCGUGGUAACCGUGCUGGCGUCUUUCAGAAUCCUGGCCUGCCCAUUAUCGGAAAGAUACAAAUAACCGCAGGAGUUCUUUACUCGCGUAAGAGAGGUGGUGGGCGAGAAAGGGCGGGCGGAGGAUGGGCCGGAGAGCGUCGUCCAAGGGCAACUUCUGAAGGGUGUCAUAAAGGGGAGCGAGUAUCGUGCGAAACAACGAAACGGCGACAUCGUUUCCAACGACGAGAUUAAUCGUAAUAAAUCUAACCUGUCGGAUCGUAAUCUCGCCCCGUCCGAUGGAAAAGGGGUACACUUUCGAUCGAGCUUGGGCUGCGACGUCGAUUCGAACAAUGGAAACCGGCGCUUCGUAACUUAGCGAACGUUGCGAGGAUCGAGGUCGAAAAGGAGGAUUCCUCUACGAUAUCUAAUAAAAUCUGAUUAAAUCUCGCGUUACCUUUCGAGAUUCGAACGGGGGGAGGGGAAAAAAACGUUUCGAGAAAAGUUUAUCCUUCCUCACUUUCGAUUGCCAAUUAAUUCGUUCUUGCCGAUUUAAUCGACCGUUAACUAAGAGGAAUGAAUUUCUGGGAAAAUCGAAGCCAAGAUGAAACCCAUUCCACGAAUAAACGGAAGAGAAUAAACGUGAUAUACGUUCCUAGCUAAUUACACGUGGGUGCGCUCCAUUGCUCAGAAUCCAUUCGAGAACUACGAACGUGGUCUAUUGUUUAUUAUUGGAUUUCGCGUAGAAAAUUUCCCUUUACGAUAUUUUGAAAUUUUGAAUUCGCUUUGAGACGGAAUGAAAAGUAUCGCCAUUCGAUUAAACCGAAAUUAAUUCAUCGAAUCCAUGGAGAACGGGGUUCCUCUUGUGAAGUUUCUCGCGUAUUUGGAAGAAAGGAGCCGCGAAUAGUGCGCAGCAGAGAAGAAAAUAGAUGAAAAGAUUCUCGAACCCGUGUUUGCCUAUACGUUAAGGAUUACAGAAAAGUAAACGGUUAACCGGGAGGAGAUUUUACAUAGAGAAUCUCGCAAAGAAACUCGAGUAUCUCGUCAGAGAAGGGAAGCUUGAUAAAUCGUUCAUCGAUAAUAUUUAUCAAAGGGAUCGAAGGUAAGCUUUUGUCUUUUCUUUUUUUUUUCUUUUCUUUAUUUCCCCCUUUUUUUCAACACUUUCGAACGUCUCGAAAAUGCGCGAUCGAUGAAGUUCCGAACCAAGAUGUCGACUUUUCUUUUGACGAGCGUGUAAUAUAUGGUUAAUUAGUUUUACUGUCGCAUCGAAAAUCCGUACAAACGAGUUUCACUUUUUUUAUCGGCGAUUAUGAGAUCGUUGAAACUACGAGCAGUAUCGCGUAAUAACUGAAAUCGUGAAUAAUUGAUACGAUACAACUUCUUUUAUUCUAUAAAAUAUCUCAACCAUUGUUUUCCGUAACGUGACGAUCCAUUCCAUUGAAACGGGAGUCUCGCGAAUGAGUUUUUCGUUAAAUAUAGAUUCGCGAGUGCAAACAAAAAUCACGAGACGUCGAAAGAUUAGAUCGAAUAGAUGCGAUGAUUUGAUUUGUCAUUUUUCCAUUGUCAACAAGAUGAUGGAAAUCGUGAAACGCCUUUAAAUAGUAUAAACAAAAAAGAAAAAAAAUGUCACGCGUGCACGUUCCAUUAUUAUUAUUCGUGUCUCGUCGCUCGAGCACGAUGAACGGAACUGAUAUCGGAUGAUAAAGAAAAAGCUUAAACGGGAACGUCUGUUUGUAAAUUACUUUUAAGGAUAACGUAUCGACGUCGUUCCUUCCACGUUGAAAAUCCACCCUCCUGCAGAGUCCGAAAAAACGUCCACGCGUGUCUGACAGAGAUACUAUCCCGAUCGCUAUUCAAUACGAACAGAAUCUCGAACUCGAAAGAGGAUAAAAUGAGAAUAAGUGUCAAUUAAACCAACGCAAUCUCGGAAAUUUCGUUUCGUCAGCCGGUGAAAUAGAGCCGGUCGAUGACACGGUUUGGUGUAUACAUAAAAAAAAAGAAAAGAGAAACACACACACACGUAUAUGCAUAUUCCGUAUAUGUACAUAUAUAAAUAUCUGUAAACGUACGCUGUAUCUGUUAUAUUAAUUAAAAUUAACGAAUCGACCAAAAUAAGAAGAAGAGGAGGAGGAGGAGGAGGAGGAAAAAGCUCGAGUAGGUAUUUCGAGAGAACGCGAACGUACAAGUUUUCUCAAGUUUCACACGUGCUCCAUCUAGAUGAGAAUUAUAGUUAUAAGAGAAGGGUAAUUCAUCGAGUAACAACACGUUCGACGUCCAUGAUUGCGUGGAUUUGGAAAACGGGUCCAUACUUGUAAUCGUCCGUAACGAGUAAAUGUUAUCUAAUCUGUAAUAUCAAUAUUUACUUUGUCGAUGUAGAAGAAGAGGAAAAAGGAGAAGAAGAAGAAAAAAAAAUAUGUAUGUGAACCAACCACUUCGUUAGACAAUUGUAUCCCUCUAAUCGCGCUUGUCCUUUUUCCGCGAGUCGCGAUCGAGAAAGAGUGAGAUAAUCGUUUGAAAUAUGUUUCGAGCCUCGCGAAAAGAAGAAAGAUGUAUUAUUGUAGAUAUACGUACACGCAUACACAUACACACAUAUACGCGAAAGGAGAAAAUAUUUAUUUGUGCUGUUAAAAUGAUAUAUGUUUAUAUCGGCGACUCACGAAUUUACGACGCUCGAGUUGAGAACGCGGAUAAUCCGUUAAAUCGGUGGAAUCACCCGAAAUUUUCCCAUGCCUGGUGGGCUGAGAUCAACUGGAAAUUUCAUUUCCUAACUGUCAAACGUCGUCGUAGCGUGUGUCGUGUUGCGAUUUACGAGAUGCAAAAUUCUUGGCGAUUUGUCUCCUCGGCGAAUCGAUUUAUAUAGAAAAAUCGCUCGAUAUAAUACCGAAUUAAACGAACCAAGGAAAAAAUAUAAAAGAAAAGAAAAAUAAAAAAAAUACGAUUUUGAGAGAAAUUUGAAACCCCUUUGAUACCUUAGAAUUUUCUCUAAAAAAGAAAAAGGAAAAAAAAACGAAAAACAACAAAUAGAUAGGUCUAGAAUGCAGAAUGAAUAACGUCCGUGUGCAAACAACGAAGUACAAAGAAGGAACAACGGAUCAAUUAGAGAAGAAAAAAAGAGAAAAUACGCGAUAGGAUCGAACUCGAUGACGUUUUUCUUUAGAAUUUAGAGGGACACGAACGAAAAAGGGACCUGAAUAAAUGUACGGUUACGUCUGAAAUUUCUUACGUGACAAUUUGUUUCAGACGGAUUUUUUUUCAUAAACGAAAAGAAAAUUUGAUUCUCCAAUGUUUAUUUACCGCUCGAAACGGGCAUAAAAUUUUUUCGCGAUAACUUUGUCUACUUACUCGUCGUGUCACGGUAAAAAUCGCAGACGUAAGCGCAUCCUUACUAUUCGAACUACUCUUGAAAUAUUCGUAUACCGAUAAAGCUUUCGUCGAUAAAUAUUCGUUCGUAAUCAUAAAGCAAAAACGAGUCAACGAAACGUACAAUUCCAGUUAAUCACGGUGUGGUUGAAUUAAUUAGCUUGAUAUAGUGUAGCACGAAAAUCGUUUGCUCGUGCCGCUGUUCCAUGACAAUUCAUACGCGAGCAUAAUCUGCAAGUAUCGAUUAUUUCGUUAAUCGUGCGAAUUCACGGCCGUGUGCGAGCGAGUGUGUACAAAUGCGUGUGAACGAUGCGAACACGCGAGUGCGUUGCAAUUAUCCGCAACUAAAUUCGCUGCUAUUUUAUUUAUCCCAACUCGGUCGGGAAAUCGUGAAAACGAAUAUCUCUAUUUUUUCUUUCUUUCUUUCUUUCCUUCUUUCUUUUCCUGUUUCUCGCCAAUCUCGAUCGAGGAUGGAAAAAAAAAGAAAAUAAAAUUCUUGGAUUUUGAAAUCACGGAGGGAAAGAAAGAAGAGACGAAUCGAAAAUGUUCGAAUCGAAAGCGUUUCGUUAUUCCUUUCGGGGAGGGAGAGGCGAUAUUGCACGGAAACGCAACACGAGAUACCGAUGGAUGGAACGGAGAAACUUUUGAAAUGUAAUACAAAUAUAUCAAAUUAAUCGAUCGAAUGAAUUUUGACUAGAAACGUUUCCACGAUUCCCGAUAGAAUGGAUGUAAUAUAGAUCUAUAUAUCGAGAAAGGGAAAUCUCGUUACUUCGUAUGCGGUAGCAAAUAUGCAUGCUUGGAAUUGAGACGAUUUCUCUUUCGCGAUCUUCUCUUCUCUUCGAUCGCAAGAUAGCACUUAAGCGUUAACGAUUGUGUUGAUUGCGUCUAAUGUUAACGCGUUGACGUUGGAUUUACAUAGAAUAGAGAGCUUAUUUAUUUUUAUACUGGAUCGUUUGAUAGUCGUCCGAUAUAUUUAAUUGAAUAACGGCGGGGAGAUGCUGAAACUUGAUUGUUGUCGCGCGGUUCCUUCGUUUAUCCCCGAUUUGUAAUCGCGACUCUACGAUCUCUCCAUCCUAUUGAUUUUCAAACGAUUGAUUUGAAACGGAUCCUCCAAUUAGACUCCCCUAAUCACAUAUACCGUGUAUAAAAAACAAAUCCAUAAAUACGCAUUACGUAAAUUAUGUGUACAACGUUUCUCGAGAAUUCGAAUUUUAGAGAUGGGUGAUGUGCGUUUAGACGUGUCUCAAAAAAAGAAAAAAGAAAAAAAAAAGAAACUAACUAACGAUUAGUAGAAAUUAGAGACGAUUUGCACGCGCUUGUGUCGCGAAUCUGGUCCAGGCUUUAACGUAGACGUUCACCAUUGUUCGACGCGUUCGAACGGCUAUUCUCUUCCCCACCACGGAAAUAGCGGUGGAAACCGUUCCAUCUCUCCAACGACCACUUGGUCCAGAAACAUUUCAACUUGCUCCUCUUAUCGUGUCACACCUUCGACGUUCCCUAAACUAAUUUCCUGUUGCAUCGAUCUCGCCUAAAUUGCAUCCUCGUUAAAGAAAAAAAAAAAGAAAAGAAAAAGGGAAGGUUUCUACCGCUAUCCACCGAUCUACCUUACCAUCGCGAAUGCGUUACAUUUUUCUACGCUACUUCCGCUAUCCAUUGAAGCAUACGACAUCGUUGUAUCAUCGUUUCUGUACGAGAUGUACAGAUAUACCUCGUCUCUACGUAUUUAGAUAAGUUUGAAGAGAUCGCGUCGUGCGCGAAAUCGACAUCGAAAACACGUACGAUAGAAGCAGUUAUCGUUCGAUACGCCUCGGCUCGCACAAUUCCCCGAAAUAUAGUUUCGCCUUGUUUGUUUCGCGGAGCCAGAAAUCAUCGAACGAACAGGCCACGUUUCUUUCUUCGCCCGGUUUCAGCGCGGCUCCAACAAAUUGAAAUCCACCGCGUGAUAUGGCGCCUCGUCCACGCAUCCACGAUUCAGCGCCUCGGCCGAAAAAGGGGGAACGAAAUUGCGCGCCGUCCGUCGAGCGAAGGAUGGAAAGGAAGGAUGGGAUCAGCGUGGAUCGUGACCCACGAGAAUACCGCGGAUUUGUCGGAGACAUCGCAUCCAAAACUUUUCCAAAGGGUCCAAUACGGAGUUUGCGUCAUUUGUGUUGGUGACGUCUCUGCUCGAAUCGGCGAGCGACGGCCAAAAAAGAAAUAUCGAGAUAUCGUCGGUUCGAAGAAGCGUCUCGAAGAGGUGUGCGAGAUCGUGUUGGAUGGAGAAUUAUUUUUUUAUAGGAAAGAGGAGAAGGAAAGAGAGAUGUUCGGAAACAUCUUCGAGUCGACGAUACUUAGGAUAUUACUCGAAGUCGUUGCGCGAUUCCAACGCGAUUUUUCUGCGCUGCGAACGAUAGCUCUUUUAACGUUGACGCGUCGUCGUUUCGAUCCCAGAGAUCCCGGCACAACUCUUGCGCGAGUUUGUGCGCUUACAUCGAUUCGAGUGGAGUAACGCUCUUUCGGGAACGCGUUCUCCACGACGCUUCUUCUCACCCUGGUGUCGCGACAGAUACGAGUUGCUCUUUAUAUUUUAUACGGUACGUAUACUGGUUUUUGUGCCAUCAUACUUUACUUUGCUCCGCCACGUCUGCGGAAUUGUCGAGUCGUUCUUUAACGCGGGUGACGUGUGAUGAAAAAUUGUCGCUUCUCUGAAAUAUUAAAUUAUCUCGAUAUAUUUCUAAUGAUCUAAUAUUCGCAAAACUUUAACGACUUAAAGUCGAUAAUAAAAAUAAGUUAUGUCGAUUGAUUUAUCGAUCGGUGUAUUAUUCGAUUUAUAUUUAAUUCAUUACGAGGAGAUUGAAUUAAAUACGUAUAAAGUUAUUGCUGUUUAAAAUAACCUUUAAUCGAUUAAUUUUUCAGCCCCGUUAACGUUCCAACUCUCCGUCUCUAAUUAACAAUUUGACCGGCAAAGAAAAACGUCCAACCACGAUUUAAUGGAUGACGUUCCGUCAAUAAACGGCGGCGGCCGUUUAAAAUAAAUUGAACGUCGAAUUGCGAACGCAUUAUCUGCACGUAGCCAGCCAGCAGGCAGUGAGGGUUGAGCGCGACACCGUACGCUCAAUACGGUGCACAGCUUAUCGUGAGCCUCGACGUGUUUCGUUAAAUUAAACCACUCUCGGUACGGAGGAACUCGGUCGUUCCUCUUCCAUGGCCUAUUACCCCGUCUCCAUCCCCCUUUUCUCGCAGCUGCUCGCUAAUCAAACACCGACCGCGAUACAAUCUUUCUGUCGCAUUCCAUUUACGUGACACGCGCAACUACUCGUCGCGUAAUAAAACAAUGAAUUGGAAAAAGAAGAGAAAAAGGAGAACGCGUUCCAUUCUACUGGGAGGGGAUCAUUCGAUGCAAGAAUCUCACUUGGACGUUUUUAUCUUUUUAAGAAGAAUUCGAGACUUGUAUUUUUCGAAGACGACGCGUCGAUGAGCGAUUCUCCGAAAUAUCUACGGUCGAUUAUCGAAUGCACGAAUCGAAGGCAUCGAAUAUCGAAUUACCAAAGAAUCGAGCGACGGAAGCUGCGUAACGUUCGUUAAUGACACGUGAUAUCCGUUCUCCUUUAAUACCGAGAAUGAACGAUGCGAAUGAACGAGGGGAAAGAAAUCGUUUAAAUCGAUCAUCUUGCGAUUAUAUUACGUCAUUUGCAUCAUCUGCGAGCGAGAUAAUUAUAAGCCGAUAUGAUGGACUAAUAUUGUGACCCACAUUUAUAACGUAACCGCCGAGUAACUGGGAAUAAAAGUGUCUACGUGGUACACACUAUUUACAUUUUAA